AUGUCACUAAACCAGUCUUGGGCGCCCAUAGAUGCUACCAGCGCUGAUGUUUGGGGAGAACGUGCUCUGUUGGAUGGGUCCUUGUUGGGAAGUGUCGCCUACGGUUGUCUUUUCACUCAAGGUGUUCACUUGACGCUGUUUGCGCUAUGCUUUAACAUGUUGCUGUCAACGCGACGUAAAACAACGGGAGACUGGUUCCAUUUGGUCUAUAUCUGUGUGGUAUUUGUGCUUGGCACCAUCGGAAAUGCUUUAACCUCUCGAUGGUCCGAGAUGGGUUUCAUAGACAACGUCAAUUUUCCUGGCGGGCCAAACAAAUUUAGCGAAGCCGAGAACACUAACUGGGUCCUCGUGACCUCUGAAUCAGUUUACGUCGUCAACCUCUGGCUUGCAGACGGCCUCUUGCUUUACCGUUUCUUCACCAUAUGGAGGCGUAAUGUGUACGUGACCAUAAUCCCCGUUUUAGCGUUCUGUGCAACAGUUGGCGAGUCACGCUUUCAUCCCUCAUUUCUUACAACAGCUAAUGAUAUGAUAGUCCUUGGAUGUCUCUUGAUCAACGAGCUUCCUAAGCCCUAUCCACCGUAUCCUCUUGAGUUUACAAUCCAGCUUCCUGUGGCAUUUUGGUCCUUGUCAAUUGCCUUCAACGUUCUGUUGACGUUGGCAAUUAUUGGACGACUUCUAUACAUGCGGUGGAGAAUAAGGUCAACAGCUGCUUCUGUGGUGCUCACACCCUAUGUUUCCAUCAGCGCAAUGCUCAUCGAGAGCGCGGCAGUUUACACGAUUACUGGCUUAGUGCUUGUCAUUGGCUUGGGUCUAGUAAACAAUAUCCAACUCUUGGCUCAGCAAGUCCUGGGUCAAACUCAAGGCAAGGCGUGGUCCAUGGGAACCUACGGAUCCUUCGAUAAUCCGACUGGAGUGCUUGUUGCAAAAGACUUUUCUAAUGGAGGAGGGUCAACGGGUGGCUUCUCGAACGAAUUACCCCCGCCUUUUAAAGUCCAUGAUGUCAGGGAAUGGUCGGAUUCGUAUACGUUUGCGAGCACUAAUAUCAUUGCGCCUCAGAUGCUCCAACUAGCAGCACUAGAAGGCUAUAACGUAUUUACCUCCUUUGUACGCAAUGUCUGGGUUGCUAUCAUUCUCGUAAAAUAUAAAACAUGUGCCUACAUUGUCGGGACAAACUUGCUGAUCUUGAACCUGAUAACGAGAUCUCGGGCACCUACUUGGGGAAAUACUGUUUACUGA